AUGGAAUGGCAGUUUUACCGCUCAGACGUGUUGCUCUACCUGUUGGAAAUUCAGGAACUUAACGUUGUUAUAACGGGCGCUAGGACCCAGAGGGAUGCUGUCUCUGCUCCAUCUCUGAAGGUGACCAUAAUGGCUGCCGCAGCAGGUUUGCGCCUCUCGCUCUUAAACAGCAAAUUCCUGCCGAGCUUGGCCGCCCGUCUCAGGACUCGGUCGCUCCCGGGAACAGCAGCUGUCGGCACUACCAUCCCUCGGGCUGGGGAGAAAGUAACACACACAGGACAGGUUUAUGAAGAGGAUGAUUACAGACGUGUCAGGUUUGUUGGUCGACGGAAAGAAGUAAAUGAAAGCUUUGCAAUUGAUUUAGUAGCUGAGGAGCCAGUAACCGAAGUAUCAGACAGAGUAGUUUCAUGUAAUGGCGGUGGCGGAGCCCUUGGACAUCCUAAGGUGUAUAUAAACUUGGACAAAGACACAAAAGUUGGAACAUGUGGUUAUUGUGGACUUCGUUUUAAGCAGAUACAUCAUUGAGAGGAACUAUUUGGAAUCUUCUCUCUUCCUCUUCUGUAUGACAGCUUUGUAAAGACUUCAGCUAUGAAAGCUACAAAAAAAAUAAAUUAAUUGAGCUCUC